AGAAAUCGCAUCGUUAACAGUGGUUGAGGUGGUUGGAAGCCCAUCAGGAUAUUCACAAGCGAGGGUAGAAAGGGGUUUAGGCAAGGGGGUUGGAUCACGAAUGAGUAAGAUUCCGGGAAAACGAUGCGAUACCAUGCGGGUGCAGUUCGAACUCUACGAAGAUUGUUGGAUAUUUUACUCGGCAAGGCUCGAAUGUCUGUUUACAAUUUAAAAGCUACACCGACGUGGCGAGUCUCCUUCCUUCAACACCUCCUCCAUUCUCUUUCCUCCACCACCACCUUCGCCCCUCUGUAUCACACUGGGAUACUACUCACUCUUCAUCUACAACUUUGUUACCUCGCUGCGCAUCUUUCAGGAUCUCUAACCAUGGCAGGAUCGCAACUCGACUCAAGUCGCCCCUCGGGCUUCCUCGUGGGCCUCGUUCAAAAGAUCGAGCGGUCUCCUCAAGCUCCGGUAUUGAACAGCAUCCCUCAGAUGUCUAUCCCAGAGAUCGCUACUCUCCUCCAGUCUGUCAUGACCCCCAACUGGCAAGGCCUAGAUGCGGUUCAUCUUGCAACUGAGUUCAAGAAAAUAGUCCAAGAUUUGAGGAUGCGAGAGAGCCUCGUCCCCUGUCCCGACCGCGUCAUAGUUCCGACCCUGAACACUUUUGAUCCCUUCCCGAACCUCCCCAUAGAGAUUCGUGUCAAGAUUUUGGGGAUGGCAUUGCCAAGAUCGAGGAUCCUCAAGUUCACAACCAACAGCCAUAUUGGCUACAACUUCUCCAUCUCGAAAUCCUCACACAUGGACAUCGCGCAUAUUAUGCUCGCCAACAAGGAGUCUCGUGGUAUCGUUCUUAGCCGUUAUAAAUACAUUCCAGCAUCUAGGCUUGGUCUCGAACUCCCCGCUCCGGCCAGUGCAGUCAUCAAAUCCUCGAGGAUUUUCUUGGACCCAAAGAUGGACAUUCCCUACUUUGAGAUCUCCUCCCCCGGUCUCCUAGUCCAGAUUUUUCGUUCCAGACUCAGAUGCAAGGUCUCUAAUAGAAGGGAGCCUUAUCUGACUCAUGCUUCCAACAAUCUGUUCGAUGAGAUUGUCCAAUUCCGGACGUUCGCUAUGUGCGCUCGGCGCGCGCGCUAUCUUAAUUUCGAUGGCUACAAUAACCGUUUCAUCACCGACUUUCUGCCAAAGAUGGCGGAGCUAAAGCAACUCAUGGUUGUUGACUUACCUUGCUAUCGGGACGGACAUGAUGAGCUGUCAAUCAUCCCAUGCAUUCAACCUGAGACGUCGAGUUCUGCGAAGUCUCGUAAUAAGUUAAUGAAACAAUUGAGCGCUAAAAUGAAAGAAAACUACCAGUCUUCCUCUGUUCUCCCUCAAAUCCGCCUUGAAAUGAUGCAGGAGUUCUAUGAGGUUCCACCGGCGAAACUGGAGCGCUUAUCCGACAAGAUCCUCAGUAUCCAUAUGGAGUUCUACGCAUAG